AUGCAGCGGAUCCAGGUAGUAAAAGCAAAGAUGGUUAAAAAGUUAAGUUAGAACAUAAAAAAAUAUUUGAUAAAACCGGAAGGACCUUGUUCACAUGAUGCCCAUAUGUUAAUUGGUUGAUCAAUUAUGCAUCUAUGCGCCGGGACUGACUGGAUCCAGGUGGGAGAACUAACGAGUGGAAUUAGUCAUCUGAUUGGACUGAACAGAUUGCAUGAGGAGUAAUCGCAGUCGCUCUGCUUGUUGUCAGGUAGGCCCCAUACAUGCACCUCAACCCGCUUGAAAGUGGAGAGGCAGCAGAUUGUACCUAAACAUUCAGGCACAAUUCCAAAACUUUUACCAACAAGAGCACCACGUUUGAUUUACGCACGUAGUAGGCCUAAGCGCGCCGCAACAUUUUACGCGCGGGUCUCUUGCAUAGAUAUGGCGACAGAUACUGAUUUGGCGCACGACGAGACCAUGAUUGAGGCGAUGGAGUCAACCUGCAACGACCUACACGGUUGUGAACCAUGUCAGAAAGCUUUACCUGAACUGUCCGGAAUCUCCUCUAUUGCAUCCAUGCAGGGUGAAGUAACGGAUAACUCUGAGCAACAGCAACUUCGAGUGUACUUGAGAGUAAGACCUUUCUCCAAAGAGGAGCUGAGCAGUGGUGAAGACCAGGGUUGUAUUGUACUGGAAGAUUCCGAGACUGCUGCGCUUCAUGCACCCAAAGGCUCUGCCUCAAUGAAAUGCAGCGAGAAGGGCAUCGGCCAAUCAAAAUACAAGUUUAGUUUCACACAGAUCUUUGGACCUGAGGUUGGUCAGCCAGAGGUCUUUGAUGGUACUGUCAGGUCUCAAGUGCUGGACUUUCUUCUUGGGAAAAAUUCACUGCUCUUCAGCUACGGCGUAACCAAUGCAGGAAAGACCCAUACAAUACAGGGUUCAUCAAAGGACCCAGGUAUUUUGCCACGGGCUUUGGACAUUAUUUUCCGCUACAUGGGUGGUCGUCAGUAUGCUGUCAUGGACCUGAAACCGUAUCUAGGAAGUGAUGUGCAAAGGCUUGACGCAGAGCAAUUGAAGACGGAGAAACUCAGCAAAGCCGCUCUUCUGAAAGAGGCUGAUGGGGAGCAGAGGGCUAGCAGGUCCAGAAGCAGCUCCUCAUCAUCUGCCUCCAGUUUGUCUUUCUCUGGCAUCUCCUAUGACCCCACUGAAUCCGCUGCAGAGGACUGUUUCCAGUAUUGCGUGUGGGUGUCUUUCUACGAGAUCUAUAAUGAGCAGGUGUUUGACCUGCUGCAGUCCCAGACCUCCUGGAAGACCAAGAAGAGGCCCUCGCUCCGCGUUUGUGACGACAGCAACGGCAACUCUUAUGUCAGAGACCUUAGAUGGGUGAACAUCCACAACGCAGACGAGGCAAGCAAAGUUCUCCGCGUUGGGAAUAAGAACCGCAGUGCAGCUUCAACAAAGAUGAACCAGUCCUCUAGUCGAAGCCAUAGUAUUUUCACCAUCAAACUUCUGCGGAUUGAUGGAUCUGACAUCCAGGGAAUGUCUGAGUUGUCUCUCUGUGACCUGGCAGGCUCCGAGCGCUGCAACAAAACCAAAACGUUUGGCGAGCGCCUGAAGGAGGCGGGGAACAUCAACACCUCUCUGCUCAUACUGGGGAAGUGCAUUGCAGCACUGCGUAACAAUAGCAAUGGGGUGAGGAGCAGCUAUGUCCCCUACAGGGAGAGCAAGCUGACUCGCCUCUUCCAAGGCGUGUUCAGUGGGCGGGGCAAAGCCUCCAUGAUUGUCAACAUCAACCAGUGUGCCUCCACCUAUGACGAGACGCUCAACGUCAUGAAAUUCUCUGCUGUUGCUCAAAAGGUAGUUCAGGUGCUUCUCCCCCAUGCUUUUGAGUCCCGGCUGGUGGGACGUGAUGGCAAGCCGUUGCUGAAGAAUGGAGUGAUUGAUCAGCAGGCUGUAGAUGAAUACCUGUCAGAAGACGAGCUGCUGGAUGGGGACGAUGAAGCAGACAUGUCCAUUCUGCCUCAGGAGGAGCUGUUGGGCAUCAUUGAGAGUCUGCGCUCCAAGCUGCUUGCGGAACGAAAGAAGAAUCUGGUGCAAGAGAUCCAGAUCCGCAAAGAGAUGGGAGAUGCCAUGCUGAAAGAGCUCAUGGAGUGUGAGGAGCAACACAGCCAACAGAUAGAGGAGCUGAAGGAAAGCUACGAGGAGAAGCUGGAGAGUACAUUUGAGAUGUACAAGGAUGCCCUGAAGGAGCAUGCCUACCAGCGCGCUAUGGAGAGGGUGGAGGAGGACUACAUCCCCAUAGAGGACUACAACACUGCUCAGCACCGGGAGAUGGAGUUGAAGAGCCGACUGAGUGAGGUGGAGGAGAAGCUGAGGCGAUCUGAGAGCAGCUCUCUGAGUAUGGCCUUCUGUCUGCCUUCUGUUCAGGAGUGCUCCACCCAGACACACGAGGAGAAGCUUCAAGAUUCAGAUGCAGAGAGGUGUAAACGGCUCUACAAGGAGAAAUGUGCAGUGGAGAAACUGUGCUGUGAAAAACAAGAGCUCAUUGUGACGCUAGAGAGCAGGAUCUCGGAUCUUAAUGACACGCUGCAGGAGGCGGGAGAAAGCUACAUGGAGAAGCUGGCACUGGUUCAAACACUACAGAAUAGACUUGCUUAUCAGGAGAGGGAGACGGAGCGACUGCAGUGUGGCGUGACUGAGAAGGAGGCGGAACUGAGUUCUCUGAGAGAGGAACUGGCCAAGCUGUCUCAGCCUCCGCAGGCCGAGCCGUCCAGGUCCAAACGAAGCCUGCUGGCCAACAUUAAAGAGUCUGUCUCAUCGCCGCGCAGCGCAGGCACACUCUGCCGUACCCUCAAGCGCUCCGUUAAAUCCACCGCAUCACUCAAGAAGAAACCUGUGUGAGCCAGCCACUGCUGUCGGUGCAGUGCUUUUGUUUUACUCGGUGUGACGUUUGGACUUGAAUGAUCCAUUAUUAUGCACUUAAACAGUUGCUGUUUUUAAUGCUAAAAUGAGCAUUUUAUUUUUUUGUAUUUUUAUGUGUUAAUAAAAAUGAUUUUAUAUCAUA